AUGAAUCAAAUGAGAGAUUUUUCUGAAAAAUGGAUCACUGAUGUAUCACCAAUGGCUAUGAAAGUUCUUGCAGAGAAUGGUGAAUAUGCAGCCAACUGUGAGGUGAGGUUUAAUGGUGAUAUGGGUUUUGAGAUUAGUGAUCCACCUUAUACACAUAUUGUUAAUGUGAAGAGGAAGCACUGCAGUUGUAGGUCAUGGCAACUAAAGGGAAUUCCUUGUGCACAUGCAAUUGCUGCAAUGCAUUACAAGGGAUGGAAUGUGGAGUCAUUUGUUGAUCAUUGGUAUCAAAGGGAAACAUACCUGAAGGCAUAUGAUAAGUAUAUUCAACCAAUGACAAAUAUUAACAUGUGGCCAAGAAGCACAAGACCACCAAUUGAGCCACCUGAGAUUAUUCCCAUGCCAGGAAGGCCAGGUAAAAAUAGAAAGAAAGCUAAGGAUGAAGCUGUUAAGAAGAAGUUUGGAAAGGCUACAUGA